AUGCAUAUCACUAUUCAUGGAGUCAUUCCCUCAGACUUGGAAACUAUAAGCGAAAUUCAAUUUGCUGCCUUACUUCCAGUAACUCCAAUUGAACGACUAAUCUACCCUUCGGGCAUGACAGCAAACUCUAUACUUGCAUCAAUAACAGAGAAACAGCGACGUUUCCAUGAGCCCAAUGUUAAAUAUUUGAAGGCAGUCACUGAGCGUGGUCAAAUCUUAUCAUUUGCAAGGUGGUAUACAUUGGAUCACGAUAAACCGUAUGAAGGUUCGGGUUCGGCUUUCACUUUCCGCCCUUCUCAACAGCUUGAACCAGAAGAUAUGAAUGUUGAGACCGCCAGAUCAUUCUAUCAAGGAAUCGAUGAGUUGAAAAAGAGAAACAUUGCAGGAAAACCUUGUCUAUGUUCGUACAAGAGCUCCCUAACCAUUAUCAUGCAUGAGUUUAAUGCUUAA